AAGAGGGUAGAACAUCAUUAACUAAUGAAUGAAAAGAGCCUUUUAAGUUUUCAACCACGAACAGGAGACCACUGAGAAAAGUAAAACUGCAGUAGAGUAUGUAUAUAUUUUUUUAUUAUUCUUUUGGAGUUAGAAGGUGUUGACUAUUGAGGUCCAGAAACCAUCGGAGCGAAGAGGAAAAACAUCCGACCCCUUGGUUGGUCCAUCAUACGUGGUUUUUGCGUGUGCGGGCUUUCCCAACUGCGGGGCCACCGAGUUCCGCCAAUUCAUCGAAAGGCGUCCGUGGGGGUCGCGCAGCCUCCGGAUCGUGGGCGCGUGGUGGUGUGGGGGGGAGGAGGAGAGGAGAGAGACUGACUGGCCCGCGAUCCAAUAGAAGCUCGCCGGAGAGUGACUCACCCUCUUCCCCUUUCCAAUGGAAGCGCGGCGGAAAGGCGGGCCACAGGAAGCACACUUGGUUGAAUGAUCAUCGGAGCGACAAUCGGCGGCAGCGGCGGCGGCGGGGAUCUGUCUGUUCAUUGGGGGGGUGUGGAUUUGUUUGUGAUGCCACGCUCGGAACGGACACCGACGGCUCUCGCCGGAGGCUGCGGGAGCACGCUCUGAGCACCCGAAGGGCGCCGACGCUCCCUGUGAAAUGCUCGCCGCUGUCCGGCUUGCGGAUCCACAGCCUGCAGCCCGCCGGACACCUCGGCAGUGAGCGAUCUGAGCGGCGAUGAUGGACAGCUGUUGGUCAUCGACUUUGCGGCGUUAGCGGGCUGACAAUGAGCUGCUGGCGCGGCGACACACGCUGUGCGGUUGACCACGACUGCCAAAGGAGGACGAGGAGAAGGAGGAGCGGCUGAGCUCUCUCCUCUUUGCUCCCCUGUUGUGAGAUGAUCGUGAUGUUGAUGAUGAUGAUAAUGAUGAUGGUGGUGAUGAUGAUGAUGAUGAUGAUGAUGAUGAUGAUGAUGCCUCGUUUUGGCCAAACGUGUGGCUACCGUCAAGGGUGAAACGUUUUUUUUUUUUUUUUUUUUUGCAGAGCACAGGUGCAUGGAGAUCGUAGGUGCCAACAUGCGACCUCGAUUUAUUUAUUUAUUUUAUUUAUUUAUUUUUUUGGUUUUGUUUCGAUGCUCGUCGCAGGAGGCGACCACAGGAGUACAGGAAGCAGAUCGGCCGUAAUGGAUUCACGGUGUAACUGAUGGCGCUGCGCUAUGAUCUCCGGGGAUCUUUCGAGUUGUGUAAUGCAUUUAUUCCAUUUACAAGGCGCGCUGCCGUGCAACCUCUCCACGGAUGAGCGCUAAUUGGGGCCUCGAUGAUGUAGAGCCAAAUCCACCUGGAUCCAGCGCUGCUUCCCCCCUGUGACUUGUCAUGUUCAAUUGAUUUCCUUUUUUUUUUUUUACCCCCAAAGGAUUGUUUUGGGCCACUUUUUUCAAAAUUAAUGUUUUUGUUUGUUUGUUGGCAUUAAAUAUGUUUAGAUCGUCCCCAAAGAUGAAGAGCUCACUUUGUAUGAGACAUUUAAACCGAGUCAACCUUGUGACUGAAUAGUCCCCUGACUUUUUUUUUUCCCCCCCCCCCCUCCCCUCCUCCUCCUUACGUCGUCAGUGGAGCGAAACUUUUCCUGUGUGACUGUUUAUCCGUUGUGUCCUCCAUCCACAAUGUCCAGAUCAAACAGCGUCAGCCCGCCCGGACUCGGUGCGCCCGGGCUGAGGGGAGGGACCGAGCACAGGUCAGCCUGGGGAGAGGCUGACUCUGUGGCCAACGGGUGCCCAUACUCAGCCAGAUCUCCGCGCAACUUGCUCACCCGCACCAACAGCCGCUGGAGGCAGCAGCAGCAGCAGCAGCAGGGGGAGGAGGAGGCGGAGGAUGUCGAUCCGGAGCGCCGGCCUCCUCCAGGGCGAGCCUCCACAACCGUCAGCAGCAGGGUCAGCUUCAGGUCCCGCUCGGCUUGGCAGGACCAUGGCGAGGAGCCGGAGAGCCGCGGCAACAGCAACCCCGCGUCCGCGAAGCGCGCCGACCUGGCCGAGGUGAGACCCAAGUCCGUGGAGCUGGGUCUGGAGGAGCGCCGAGCCAAGUCGCGGAGCGACAACAACAAGGGAGAGCGGGAGGAAGACGGGGUCAUGCCGGAGGUGAACGUCUCCCUAGUGGCGUGCUGCGUCAGCGUCAUGCACGUCUUCAAGUCCAAGAAGUUCCAGUCGGAGAAGCUGGAGCGGCUCUACCAACGCUACUUCUUCCGCCUCAACCAGAGCAGCCUGACCAUGCUGAUGGGGGUGCUGGUGCUGGUCUUCACCGUCAUGCUGGCCUUCCACUGCUCCGGAGCUCCGACGGUCACCUACGUGGUGGUGUUCUCCCUGGCCAUCUUCCUCACGCUGGUGCUCAUGGUGGUGUGCAACCGGAACGCGUUCCACCAGGACCACAUGUGGAUGGUGUGCUACGCCGUGAUCCUGCUGGUGAUCGUGAUCCAGGUGAUCGGCGUGCUGCUGGUGCAGCCCCGCAGCGCCUCGGAGGGCAUCUGGUGGACCGUGUUCUUCAUCCAUGUCAUCUACACGCUGCUGCCCGUCAGGAUGCGCGCCGCUGUCAUCACUGGAGUUAUUCUCUCCGCCAUCCACGUGGCCAUUUCUUGGAUGUUAAACGGAGUGGACAGCUUUCUGUGGAAGCAGAUAGUCUCCAACAUCCUGGUCUUCUCCUGCUCAAACAUUGUAGGAGUGUGUACGCACUACCCGGCCGAGGGCUCCCAGAGGCAGGCCUUCCAGGAGACCAGGGAGUGCAUCCAGGCUCGCCUCCACUCCCAGAGGGAAAACCAGCAGCAGGAGCGUCUCUUACUCUCAGUACUUCCUCGUCAUGUUGCCAUGGAGAUGAAAGCCGACAUAAAUGCCAAGCAGGAGGACAUGAUGUUUCACAAGAUCUACAUCCAAAAGCACGACAACGUCAGCAUCCUGUUUGCUGACAUCGAGGGCUUCACCAGUCUGGCGUCGCAGUGCACAGCGCAGGAGCUGGUGAUGACGCUCAAUGAGCUUUUCGCCCGCUUUGACAAGUUGGCAGCGGAGAACCACUGUCUGCGGAUCAAGAUCCUGGGCGACUGCUACUACUGCGUGUCCGGGCUGCCGGAGGCCAGAGCCGACCACGCCCACUGCUGUGUGGAGAUGGGGCUGGACAUGAUCGAGGCCAUCUCGCUGGUGCGGGAGGUGACUGGGGUGAACGUGAACAUGCGAGUCGGCAUCCACAGCGGCAGGGUGCACUGCGGGGUGCUGGGACUCAGGAAGUGGCAGUUUGACGUCUGGUCCAACGACGUCACGCUGGCAAAUCAGAUGGAGGCGGGAGGCAAGGCCGGGCGCAUCCACAUCACAAAGGCCACCCUGAACUACCUGAACGGGGACUACGACGUGGAGCCGGGAGCCGGAGGAGAGAGAAACGCCUACUUGAAGAGGAGCAACAUAGAAACCUACCUCAUUGUGGGCUGCAGUCAGAAAAGGAAAGAAGAAAAGGCGAUGAUUGCCAAAAUGAGUCGACAGAGGACCAACUCCGUCACCCACAACAGCGGCCACUGGGCUGACCGUGCCUUCCACAACCACAUCUCCAAGGAGAUGAAGAGGAUGGGCUUUGAGGAUCCCAAAGACAAGCAUUUUAUUUUCAGGAACACGCAGGAAAACCUGAACCCGGAGGACGAGGUGGACGAGUUCCUGGGCAGGGCCAUCGACGCGCGCAGCAUCGACCGCCUGCGCUCCGAACACGUCAAAAAGUUCCUGCUCACCUUCAGAGAACCUGACCUGGAAAAAAAGUACUCCAGGCAGGUGGACACCAGGUUCGGUGCGUACGUGGCCUGCGCCACCCUCGUCUUUUUCUUCAUCUGCUUCAUCCAGAUCGUCAUUGUGCCAAUCUCCAAUCUGAUGAUCGGCUUCUUCAUCACGUGCUUCAUCAUCCUGGCAGGCGUCAUGUUCAUCUCAGCUGUAUACUGCUGCUUUGGAAUCUUCCCCGCUCCUCUGCAGACUCUUUCCAAAAGCAUCGUCCAGUCCCGACUCAACAGCACCUUAGUGGGUGUCUUCACCAUCAUCAUCGUCUUCCUGUCUGCUUUCAUCAACAUUUUCACCUGCAGCAGUCACGACCUGCGGAGCUGCAUCAAGUCGGAGCUCAACAUCAGCCGGGACCUGGUGGACGCCUGCCACGCUGUCCUCCUCAACUACAACCUGGACGCACAGCACGGCGCCUGCGGAGACGACGCCCUCAUCUGCAGCUUCCCUGAGUACUUCACCUGCUGUGUGCUGCUCAGCCUGCUGGCCUGCUCCGUCUUCCUGCAGGUCAGCAGCAUCGGGAAACUCUUCCUCAUGCUCUUCAUUGAGCUGCUCUACCUGCUCAUCAUGGAGGUGCCUAAAGUGAGCCUCUUUGACAACCAGGACCUGCUGGUUAUGGCAAACGCCCUGAAUUACACCAAACCAGAGAACGGCACAAGGUGUUUGGUGGACAACAAGGUUCCUCUGAAGAUCAUGACCCCCGUGGUGAUCACUGUCUUCGUCCUCGCCCUUUACCUUCACGCCCAGCAGGUGGAGUCGACGGCCAGGCUGGACUUCCUCUGGAAGCUGCAGGCUACAGAGGAGAAGGAGGAGAUGGAGGAGCUGCAGGCCUACAACCGACGCCUGCUCCACAACAUCCUGCCCAAAGACGUGGCUGCUCACUUCCUGCAGCGCGAGCGGCGCAACGACGAGCUCUACUACCAGUCCUGCGAGUGCGUCGCCGUCAUGUUCGCCUCCAUCAGCAACUUCUCUGAGUUCUACGUGGAGCUGGAGGCCAACAACGAAGGGGUAGAGUGUCUGCGGCUGCUCAAUGAGAUCAUCGCCGACUUUGAUGAGAUCAUCAGCGAGGAUCAGUUCCGUCAGCUGGAGAAGAUCAAGACCAUCGGCUCCACGUACAUGGCGGCUUCCGGCCUCAACGACUCCACGUACGACAAGGCCGGGCGCUCGCACAUCCGUGCAAUGGCCGACUACGCCAUGCGGAUGAUGGACCAGAUGAAAUACAUCAACGAACACUCCUUCAACAACUUCAAAAUGAAAAUAGGUCUAAACAUUGGCCCGGUGGUUGCUGGGGUGAUAGGGGCCAGGAAGCCCCAGUACGACAUUUGGGGGAACACGGUAAACGUAGCAAGCCGCAUGGACAGCACAGGGGUCCCGGAGAGGAUCCAGGUGACGGCGGAUCUGUACCAGGUGCUGAACUCCUACAGCUACACACUGGAAUACCGAGGUGUCGUCACCGUCAAAGGCAAAGGAGAGAUGAUGACCUACUUUCUCACUGCCGGACCCCCCGGCAGUUAACCUUUACUGAGUGACAAUCGGACACAUGGGAGGUUGAGCACCUUCUCUCAUAACGAGCCGGCUUACAGACCUCUGAUAGCUUAGGGCAGAUUGAGGGUUCUCCCCUCACAGCAGCGGACGGUCCUUGAACCGGUCGGCACGUCGAAGGAUUCGUCCUUUUUUUUUUUUUUUUUCCCAGGAGGAGCUCACGGACAGCCAAGGGCACGUCUGCUUUUUGACCAAAGAUGUCCAAUCGGAGUGCAAAGACAGAUUCGUCCAGCUCGGCCCUGACAAACACGAAAAGACGAGGAUCCUGGAGGAAACUUGGCCGGUUGGGUUUUCCGAGGGGGUUCUUGGACAAAACCUGCGGGGCGAUCUGAGCUACGUCGCCUCCUCUCCUGUUCUCUGCCUUUUUUUUUUUCCCAGCUGAUUCUGAACACUAUGUACAUGUAAAACCCAGGAAGUUUUAUGUGUAUGUGGGUGACUUUAUGUACUGUUUGUAUGAUAUUUUGUUCCCGUUGCUGUGGUACAGAUGCAGAUCUGUCAAGUGCGGACAUAAAGCCAGCAGCACUGCAGUCCUCGCUUGUUAGUGCGUCCAUCUCCCCGUCGAUCAGCACCGGACGACCUGCGCGCUUCACAAAAGUAUUCACACCCCUAGCACUUCCUCACGUUUUGUCACUUUGGAAAAGACAAAAGUUUAUUUCUAAAUGGAUUUAUGUAAUAAACCAAUACAGAGAUGGAGAUAUAUGUGAAAUUUAACUAAAAGGAUAGAGUUAAGGAAAACGUUUUUGCAAAUAUCUGAAGAGUGUGGAGUGCCCACGUCAAUAUUUUGUACAACCGCCAGCUGCAGACUUUUCAUGAAUUUCUCAACCAGCUUUGCAACUAUAAACUCUAAAAUGUUUUACCUCUUCCUUUUUCCAAAAUGACCCAAGCUCAUUUAGAUUUGAAUUAAGUUUUUCUGUAAUUAUUUCUAUCAUCAUAGAUUCUUUGUCAGUUUUACCAUUAGUUUUGGGAUGCUACAUUUGUUGGAAGGAAACUUCAAGUCUUUUGAUGCUUCUAAAAGGCUUACCUUCUUUCAACCCCAUUUCUGCUGGAGAUAAACGUCCCCACAGUAUGACGCUGCCACCGCCUUGUUUCUUGAUGGGGUGAGUGUGCCCAACGUGAUACACUAGAUGGCUUAACCGCCACACAUGGCGUUUUGCAUGUAGUUUAAAAUGUAACAGCAUCUUCAGCAUCUUUGUCCGUCAUGGGCUUCCGUAUGGCUUAUUCUCUUGCCGCUCUUCUUCAUUUACAAGCAAGGGAACCAUUUUUCUUUUAGAAUAGAAACAAUUUAGCAAUUUCUAUUUGCGCCCCCAGUAAACUCCCAUUGACAUCUGAUGUUGUAAAGUGACAAAACGUGAAAAGCCAGACGGGUAUGAAUACUUCUUUUUUGGUACUGUAUGAGUUACUGCACACUGUUUGUCUCAUAGGCGAGGGGAUAUAACUCCUAUAGUAUAUGGAUUAUGUUUAAUAGAAAAGUCCAACACAGUGUUUAUAUGAAGCUUCCCGUUAGCCUCUCACAAAGAAUACAUAGGCACGCCUGCAACACAAGGAUGUCAGUAAAAAAAAAAAGAAAAAGCUUUUCUACUCCUAAAGAGGUUUUGUAUUUUGACGUCAAAACACAGACCCUACGAGAUAUUUAAAGAUUAUAUAUUUUCUACAUUCAUAUAAUACAGAGCUAUGUAUAAACUACAGUGUGUCUCCACAUGUGCAGACUGCAGAAACCCUCACUGGUGUUGCCUGAUUCCCUCUCCCCUCCAGCUCUUUUCAACAAAUCGAGCAUACUUUCUUUUUUUUAUUAUUAAUCUGCAGGAAGUCGACUGCUGGCUGAUUAGAAGCGGCCGAUGAUCUCCCCUUUAAUGUGUCUCAAUGUCACAGCAGAGAGGAAAACGCAGUCGGAACGACUCACUAGAUGGACCUAAAGGCGUCGGCCGCGGUGCUCAGACGCCAUUUUGCACUCCGGUGCUUUCAGCCGUCCGCCCCUCCGCCUCGCGCACCGCUCCACCUGCAGGCCCUGAUUGUUUGCUCGGUUAGGUGGUACGACACAAUGAAUGUCCAAUGUUCUCCAAUGAGGCCUUUCAUGCGGACUCUAGAGCGACUACCAGGAUGAUGAUCAGCCUGUUGACAGAUUGAGCAUGUGUGGGAAAAUGUGCACUUUUUAAAAUCUGCUGUUUAUGUUUUUUGUUUGUUUUUCUCUCAUCAAAGCAGUUUUUCUUUCAGUAUUGCAUCAUUGCUCUGCAUUGCUUUCUCUCACAUAACUUUCACCCAUUGCUUGGAUGAGUCGGACUAUAGUAAUGUGAAAUUCUUCAAACUUUCACCUGAGAAUAUGAAAAUGGCACUUGGAUAUGAAAAUCUUCAUCCUUUGAUGUUUUUAUUGCCGGUAAAGAUCAUGAAUGCCCAAAACUUGCUAAUAUUUGUCAAUAAAUACAAUGAAAGGGGGGAAAUUGAAUAAAAAGGAAAAAAAUCUG